UACAUCUGGGGUGGGUGUGUAUGCAGUCGUCGAGUGGCUAGUUUCGAAAUCUGUCAAUAAUAGUUCAGGAUAGGAUAUGAGAAAUGUCUUACGAGAACUUAGAUUGUAAGAAACGUUUAGUAAAAAGCCGAAGUGGUUUAAGAAUAGUUCGUUUAGAUGAUGAACCUACUAGUCCAUUUGAAAUAAGGGAACCAUUUUGGGUUCCUGAUGGAGAGUCACCGUCAUGUGCACAUUGCCAUACAAAAUUUGAUUUCUUAACUCGCAGGCAUCAUUGUAGACGAUGUGGAAAUGUGUUUUGUAAUCCCUGUUGUGAAAAUAAACUACCUCUUCCAAGAAUGUCAUUUGUUGAUCCUGUAAGAGUGUGUGGAGAUUGUGUUGAGGUGACCAAAAAAGAAAAUGAUUUUUAUGAAAAACAUCUGAAGGUGUUAUUAAGUGGUGCAAAUUUUAAUUUGGAUGAAGACAAUGGAUCAGGGACCUUAAUUCCACUGUUUUGCUGCUUAUCUAAAGAUCAUCAGGCAAUAAUAUUUGAUGGUGGAAAUAUGUGGCAACACAAUCCAGUGCCCUUAGUAGAUAUAGUAUCAGUCCGAGUAUUAGGAUCCAGUUCAUCUGGAGGAGCAGCACAAAUAGCUGGAGCUGUGAUUAGAUUCUUCGAUUUCAAAAAAGAUGAAAAAGAAAUCCGCUUAUGUUUAGCUGAUAUUCCCAAUAGAAAACAAUCUGCUUCAUGGGUGCAUGCACUUCAGAAGGCCUUAAAGUUUGUGGAUCCUUCUGCCAAGACUCCUUAAACAUAGCUGCUUCUCUGGAGAGUAUUUUUAACAGAACAAUUAAAGAAAUUCACUUGAUGCCUAUAAAUUCCUCUGUGAUACAAUCAUUUUAUAUAAUUAUUGAGAUAACUUUUUUUUUUUAAUUUUUAGAGUAUUCGAUUUGUAAACUGCUUGCUAUGAAAAAUUUUAUAAAUAUAUUUAAAUUUUAAAUGUUUUGAGUUAUUUCUUUUUCUGCAUGUAUAUUAAACAUUUAAAUGUCUAGAAGAGGCUAUUUCCUUAUAAUCUUCUAGAAUAUUACAGGUAAUAAGUAGAACAAAGCAACUUUCUCAUUUCUGAUUAUUCUUUUGAUGAUACAUGUGUAAGAUCUGAUGUUAAUUUGCUUCUUUGUUGAAAAUGAAAAACUCAUUUUUAUAUAUCACUUGUUUAAUUGUUAAUCCAAAUUUAAAAAAAAAAAAAAUCUCAUAGUGCCUUUUUCUGUAUUGAAACUGAAUAUAUUGUUGAUAUUUGUUUUAUCAAUGUUACUAUGUAAUUGUUUAUAUUAAAUGUUUUGUUGUGAAUUCAUCUAAAUUUUAUUGAAAUAUUGCUUUGUUUUAAAAUUCUAUUGAUUCAUAUAUACAUAUAUGAAAAAUUUUCUUUAUUAAGUUUCUUAAAAUAUUGAAUGUAAAAUAUUUCAUGAAAUUCAACCUAACAGUAUAUAUUUGAGUUUGAAGAAUUUGCUUCUUUUAUCUCCUUUUCUGGUAUCUGAACUCAAGUUACUUUUGCAGACAUUUUUUGUAAUUACUAGUUUAUUGUUAAAUGAAUUCAGACUUAAAAUGUGUCUUUUUUUUUUAACGUGUCCAUAUUUAUAUAGAUGCUUGAUUUUCUUACUUAUAGGCUUAUUUUGUAUAACUAUAAAAUUAAUCUAUCUCAAUUCAAUGUUGUAAAACUAAAAUAUUUUAAUGGAAAUCUUUUAGUUUUUAUGUAAAUAGUGAUUUGUAUAUUUUGUUUUAUGUAUUUUAACUGACUUGAUUAUUUUACAUAUAAUUAUUAUCAAUGUGUGUUUCGUUUUUGUUGAUUAUAUGAUAUUUUCUGGUUUAUUUUUAUCUAAAGACUUUUGUACAAAUGUAAUUAAUGAAAAUUUCUUUCAAAAGUUUUCUUCUGAAGUACAAAUAUAUAAAAGGUGCUUUUGAAUAACUGUUACUUCAUAUUAAUGAAGAUAUCUGAUUUUUUCUAAUGAAAGGAUACCAUAAUGGUGUAAGUUUUCUAAAUAGAACUUUGAUCUUUAUAAAAUGUGUGUUGUCUGUUAUAUUGUUAGUAUUGAAUGUCUGUGAUUUGUACACAGAUAUGUAUUUACAUGAAAUGAUGUUUUAUAUUUCCCACCAGUUUUAUGAUAAAAAGAAAAAAAGUGAGAGAGAAUAUUUGAAUGAAAUCUCAAAGUGUGAGUGUAUAUCAAAACUUUUUUUUUUAACAUGAAAAAAAAAAUUAUUAUGCAAUGAACAUUUAUUGUGUCAUAUAUUUCUUUUUUUCUAUAUACUAAAAAUGCCUUAUUUUGAUAUAUUCUCAAAUGCAUGAUUUGCUAUCAUAAUAAGUAUAAUUAAAUAUACUCGUACAAGCAUAUGUAUCUUUUCAAUACAUUUUCAAUCUCUUAAUUUAUUUUUAGUCACUGUUUUAUAGAUAUUUUUUACUAAACAGUAUAAAUCAAAUGAAAUUUUAUUAAAUCUAAAUUUAUCAUAUGCAUGUAUAAACUGGUUAAAAAAGUUUUUAAUGUUUACUAUUUAUUAUAACAACAAAGACUUGUACAUGAUCUGUUAUUUGGAAAAAUGUGCAAUAUUGAUUUAAACAAUUAUUCUUUAAUCUUUGUUUAAUGAAAGCUUUGAAAUUAAUUUCUCUGAACUUUAUAUCUUGUCAUUGUUUGAAUAUAUCAUGUGCUAUGGAUUAGACUGAUUUAUUAUUUUUUUUUUCAUAAAUUGCUAAGCUUUUGUCGGAUUUCAUAAAUUGUUGAAUAUCAGAUAUUUGUGAAUUAUUAAUUUCAU